AUCCAUCCGUCCAUCCAUCCAUCCAUGAGCCUCCGGGGCCGGCAGCCGGGGCCCUGGGCCGCCCUGGCCUCCACCCUGAUGCUCCUCCCAACAGUGCUCGGGUCUGCCGGGGAGGAAGACAGAGGCCUGCGUCUGCUCUGCCUUGACCUCCACACGGUGCUGGUGACCUGGGACCAUGGCGGCCAUGACAACCUCAGCCUCCACUACAGGUUUGACGAGGAGGCGGCCUGGGGCCCGUGCGGGGCGUACGCGGUGGGGGCCGGGCUCAGGUCGGGCUGCGCGCUGGGGGUUCGGGGCGACAUCCUGCACCUGACCCUGCGGGACGGGGGCCGGGCCCUCCUCAACCUCAGCCGCUACGUCGCUGACUUCCUGAAACCCGCGACCCUGCGCGACCUCCGCUUCCUGUGGAGCCCGGACGGCUCCCAGGUCACCGUGCGCUGCCCCGACCUCCGCUACCGCGGCCUCAGCUACCAAGUGCAGCACCGCGCGGCCCGCGACCCCGCCUGGCAGACCCACGAGGAGACCACGUGCGUGGUGACGGUCGCCGGCCUGGAUCCCGGGCUCUGCCUCAGUUUCCGUGCCCGCGCCGCCCCGCGCCCGGCCGUCUACGGCCCCGAGGCCCAGCCGGGGGACUGGACUCGAGAGACGCACUGGACGGGUGGGCGGCCGGCCGAGCACUGUGAGCCGAGCCCGGCCUCCGUCCCGGCCCUGGCCUGGCGCUGCCCUGCGGCCUGGCCGCCAGCCUGCUGCUGCUGCUGUGCACCCCCGGCCUCCACCCUGGGCCUCCACCCUGGGCCUCCACCUGGGCCUCCACCCAACCCCAGCCUCCACCCCGGGCCUCCACCCUGGGCCUCCACCCACCCCCGGCCUCCACCCUGGGCCUCCACACCCCAACAUCUCUCCUCCAGGGUGAAGCAAAGACUCCUCCCCUGGGUGCCCGACCCCAGGGGCAGCUUCCCCGGGUUGUUCGAGACCCACCAUGGCCACUUCCAGGAGUGGAUCUUGCACACCCAGGCCGUGACCCCGCCCAGGGCCACCGAACCCACUGAGGCCCACGAGGUGCUGGAAGUGCGGCCAGGCCCAGAGAAUUCCUACACACACAGCUGCGGUCCCAUCGCCCACGCCCACCUGUCUCCAGCGCCAUGAGGAAAAGGCCUCCUCUUUGCCUCGACUUACCCACCCUUUGAUGAUGACCCUCUACCCCAGCCCAGCCAGAAUGGGGGCGGGGCAGUCCUGGGGGGCCCCCGAGUUCGAACUCUGCGCCUCUGACAAAACAAUAAAGGAUUAAGAAAACAAGCAGGGGAAAAGGAGGAAGGGAAGGGGAGUUACCAUCCCUGCCUCCUACACCAGCUGCCCAGAUCAAGUCUCUCAAUCCAGUGCUCCA